AUGACACGCGUUGCGGUCGUGAUGUGUUUGGCGCGCGCGCCUCAGCCGCAUUGCAUGAGAUGUUGUGAGGUGCAGCGGAGAUGGUUGUGUGGUGAGUAUGGAGGAGGAAGGAAGGCUUCUUCGAUGGUCAUCCCUUUCUGGCUGUCUGUGUGUAUAAGACGAGUGACCGAAUGGACGAACAUCCUUGUGUAUCCAUCCCAAUUACCACUAAGUAGUGAGAAAAUAGAUCUAUUUUGGGCAUAUUGUCCGCGAUCUGAAGUAAGAGUGAUGUCGAAACUCGAAUGGGGUUUAUGCAGGCACGUAACGUGUAACAUAGCUGCGUUAGCCGUCUUUAUGCAUUGUUGUGAAUGA